AUGUCACUGCCCGAAGAAGCGGCGGAGACUGAGGACCUAGUCAGAUCUAGAAUUACUCUUUGCCGAUCAAGGGAUUGGGAUGCCUGGGUUAGUUACCCAGGUGAAGUCAGAAGCUUACAAUCACAAGGCGCAUCUCUAAAUCCCUCGAGUGCUGCAUCGCUGAAGUUGGAUGGAGAGAGGAAAUUCCUCAUGCAACUGCCAUGA